GUCAGCAGAAAGGAACUUCGAAAUGGGACAGAAAUUGGAUCCACUGGAGCCAUGCGUACUUCUUGUAAGACCUCACCUCCUGGAGUCACCUUCCAAUAAAGGCCAGCCAGCAGAACACCCACACCAAAGUCAGUACGGAGCACAACAAGGAAUGUCUCAUAAACAUUUCCAAAUACAAGUUUUCCCUGGUCAUCAGUGGUCUCACUAAUAUCUUAAAAAAUGUUAAUAACAUGCGAAUAUUUGGAGAAACUGCUGAAAAGAAUUUAUAUCUAUCUCAACUGAUUAUCUUGGAUACACUGGAAAAAUGUCUGGCAGGGCAACCAAAGGAUACCAUGCGACUAGACGAGACCAUGCUGGUAAAACAGUUGCUGCCAGAAAUCUGCCACUUCAUCCACACUUACCGUGAAGGGAACCAGCAUGCAGCUGAACUACGUAAUUCUGCCUCUGGGGUUCUAUUUUCUCUUAGCUGCAAUAACUUUAAUGCUGUGUUCAGCCGCAUUUCCACCAGAUUACAGGAACUGACUGUUUGUUCAGAAGAUAAUGCUGAUGUUCAUGAUAUUGAACUUUUACAGUACAUCAGUGUGGAUUGUGCAAAACUAAAACGACUCUUGCAAGAGACUGUAUUCAAGUUUAAAGCCCUUAAGAAAGUAGCUCAGUUAGCUGUUAUCAACAGUCUUGAAAAGGCAUUUUGGAACUGGGUGGAAAACUAUCCUGAUGAAUUCACAAAGCUGUAUCAAACGCCACAGACUGAUAUGGCUGAUUGUGCGGAGAAGUUGUUUGACUUAGUGGAUGGCUUUGCUGAAAGCACAAAACGUAAAGCAGCAGUUUGGCCACUGCAAAUCAUACUCCUGGUCCUGUGUCCAGAGAUAAUCCAAGAUAUAGCAAAGGAUGUGGUAGAGGAAACUAAAAUGAACAAGAAACUGUUCCUGGACAAUCUCAGGAAAGCGCUUGCAGGCCACAGUGGGAGCAGACAGCUGACUGAAAGUGCUGCUAUUGCUUGUGUUAAACUGUGCAAAGCAUCUACCUACAUCAACUGGGAAGAUAAUUCGGUCAUCUUCCUACUUGUGCAGUCCAUGGUAGUAGAUCUUAAGAAUUUGCUGUUUAAUCCAAGCAAACCUUUUUCAAGAGGCAAUCAGAAUGCAGAUGUAGACCUUAUGAUUGACUGCUUGGUUUCCUGCUUCCGCAUAAACCCUCAUAAUAACCAACACUUCAAGAUCUGCUUGGCACAGAAUUCCCCAUCAACAUUUCAUUAUGUACUGGUAAACUCGCUCCACCGAAUAAUCACAAAUUCGGCGCUGGACUGGUGGCCCCGGAUCGACGCGGUGUACUGCCACUCCGUGGAGCUGCGCAGCAUGUUCAGCGAGACGCUGCACAGGGCAGUGCAGGGCUGCGGGGCGCACCCCCCCAUCCGCAUGACCCCGAGUCUUACGUUUAAGGAGAAAAUGACAAGCCUUAAAUUUAAAGAAAAACCUACUGACUUGGAAACCAGAAGCUACAAGUUCUUGCUGUUGUCCUUGGUAAAACUGAUCCAUGCUGAUCCAAAGCUUUUGCUGUGUAAUCCAAGGAAGCAAGGGCCUGAGACCCAAGGUAGCACGGCGGAGUUGAUUACAGGCCUUGUCCAGCUCGUCCCGCAGUCUAGCAUGCCGGAUAUAGCACAAGAAGCCAUGGAGGCCUUGCUAGUUCUUCACCAGUUAGACAGCAUUGACUUGUGGAACCCUGAUGCACCUAUAGAAACAUUCUGGGAAAUAAGUUCACAAAUGCUUUUUUAUAUCUGCAAGAAACUAACUAGCCAUCAGAUGCUCAGCAGUACAGAAAUCCUCAAGUGGCUGCGAGAGAUUCUCAUCUGCAGGAAUAAAUUUCUUCUGAAAAACAAACAAUCAGAUAGGAGUUCCUGCCACUUGCUCUUCCUUUAUGACGUCUCUGGGGGUGGCACUAGUCAGAUUUCUCUUGACCAUGAAGAGAUGAUACGCUGUGCUCCAGGAGCUACCCUCAGGAAAGGGAAAGGGAAUUCUUCCAUGGAAAGCACAGCGGGAUGCAGCGGAACGCCCAUUUGUCGCCAAGCCCAGACAAAAUUGGAAGUCGCCUUGUACAUGUUCCUGUGGAGCCCGGAUAUCGAGGCAGUCCUCGUUGCCAUGUCCUGUUUCCGUCACCUCUGCGAGGAAGCGGAUAUCCGAUGUGGAGUAGAUGAAGUCUCAGUGCAUAAUUUUUUGCCAAACUACAAUACAUUCAUGGAGUUUGCAUCUGUUAGCAAUAUGAUGUCAACGGGGAGAGCAGCUCUUCAGAAGAGAGUGAUGGCGUUGUUAAGACGCAUUGAACAUCCAACUGCAGGCAACACAGAGGCCUGGGAGGAUACACAUGCGAAAUGGGAACAAGCUACAAAGCUAAUCCUUAACUAUCCAAAGACCAAAAUGGAAGAUGGGCAGGUUACUGAAAGCCUCCAUAAGACAAUUGUUAAGAGGCGAAUGUCACACGUCAGUGGGGGAGGCUCCAUAGACUUGUCUGACACAGAUUCUCUGCAGGAGUGGAUCAACAUGACGGGGUUCUUGUGUGCCCUCGGGGGAGUGUGCCUGCAGCAUCGCAGCAACGCAGGGUUGGCAACCUACAGCCCCCCCAUGGGCCCCGUCAGCGAGCGCAAGGGCUCCAUGAUAUCCAUGGUGUCCACCGAGGGCAACGCGGAGACUCCUGUCAGCAAAUUCAUUGAUCGAUUAUUGACUCUGAUGGUCUGUAACCAUGAGAAGGUGGGGCUUCAGAUACGGACUAACAUUAAAGAUCUGGUGGGGUUGGAGCUGAGUCCAGCACUUUAUCCAAUGCUGUUUAACAAAUUGAAGAAUACCAUCAGCAAGUUUUUUGAUUCUCAAGGACAGGUUUUGUUAACUGAGACCAACACACAAUUUGUAGAGCAAACCAUUGCUAUAAUGAAGAAUUUGCUUGACAAUCAUACAGAGGGGAGCUCUGAACAUCUUGGACAAGCCAGUAUUGAGACGAUGAUGCUGAAUCUGGUUAGGUAUGUGCGUGUCCUUGGAAAUUUGGUCCAUGCAAUUCAAAUAAAAACUAAGCUCUGUCAGUUAGUAGAAGUAAUGAUGGAAAGGAGAGAUGAUCUUUCAUUCUGCCAAGAAAUGAAAUUUAGGAACAAAAUGGUGGAAUAUCUGACAGACUGGGUGAUGGGAACAUCUAAUCAAGCAACAGACGAGGAUGUGAAAUGCUUGACAAGAGAUUUGGACCAAGCAAGUAUGGAAGCAGUGGUCUCUCUUCUUGCUGGGCUUCCACUACAGCCUGAAGAAGGAGAUGGUGUUGAAUUGAUGGAAGCGAAAUCUCAGUUAUUUCUUAAAUAUUUCACUUUGUUUAUGAACCUUCUAAACGACUGUAGUGAAGUUGAAGAUGAAAGCUCCCAAACAGGUGGCAGGAAGCGUGGAAUGUCCCGCAGGCUGGCGUCGCUGCGGCACUGCACUGUUCUGGCUAUGUCAAACUUACUCAAUGCAAAUGUGGACAGCGGCCUUAUGCACUCAAUAGGCUUGGGCUAUCAUAAAGACCUCCAAACAAGAGCUACGUUUAUGGAAGUCCUCACCAAAAUUCUGCAGCAGGGAACAGAAUUUGAUACGUUAGCAGAAACAGUGCUAGCAGAUCGGUUUGAGAGAUUGGUGGAGUUGGUUACAAUGAUGGGUGAUCAGGGGGAGCUUCCUAUUGCUAUGGCUUUAGCCAAUGUGGUGCCUUGUUCUCAGUGGGAUGAGCUAGCUCGUGUCCUGGUCACGCUCUUUGAUUCCCGGCACUUGCUCUACCAGCUACUCUGGAAUAUGUUUUCAAAGGAAGUUGAACUUGCAGAUUCCAUGCAGACGCUCUUCCGAGGAAACAGCUUAGCCAGUAAAAUAAUGACUUUCUGUUUUAAGGUAUAUGGUGCUACGUAUUUGCAGAAGCUUUUGGAACCUUUGUUAAGGACUGUGAUCACAUCCCCUGAAUGGCAGCAUGUUAGCUUUGAGGUGGAUCCAACAAGGCUGGAGCCUACAGAAAGCCUUGAAGAGAACCAGCGGAGUCUCUUGCAAAUGACAGAAAAAUUUUUUCAUGCAAUCAUUAAUUCUUCUUCGGAGUUCCCACCACAACUUCGCAGUGUGUGCCAUUGUUUAUACCAGGCAACUUGCCACUCUCUACUGAAUAAAGCUACCGUAAAAGAAAAAAAGGAAAACAAAAAAUCAGUGGUUAGUCAGCGGUUUCCUCAGAACAGCAUUGGCGCCGUCGGGAGCGCGAUGUUCCUUCGGUUCAUCAACCCCGCGAUUGUCUCCCCUUACGAGGCAGGGAUUUUAGAUAAAAAGCCUCCGCCAAGAAUUGAAAGGGGAUUGAAACUGAUGUCAAAGAUACUUCAGAGUAUUGCCAACCACGUCCUGUUUACAAAAGAAGAACAUAUGCGGCCUUUUAAUGAUUUUGUAAAAAGCAAUUUUGAUGCAGCACGAAGGUUUUUCCUUGAUAUUGCGUCUGAUUGCCCAGCUAGUGACACUGUCAAUCACAGCCUGUCCUUCAUCAGCGAUGGCAACGUUCUCGCUUUGCACCGGUUGCUCUGGAACAACCAGGAGAAGAUUGGCCAGUACCUUUCCAGCAACAGGGACCACAAGGCUGUUGGAAGACGACCUUUUGACAAGAUGGCUACUCUCCUUGCCUAUCUGGGUCCUCCUGAGCACAAACCCGUGGCAGACACCCAUUGGUCCAGCUUAAAUCUCACUAGUUCCAAAUUUGAAGAAUUUAUGACCAGGCAUCAGGUACAUGAAAAAGAGGAGUUCAAAGCGCUGAAAACAUUAAAUAUUUUCUACCAAGCUGGGACAUCGAAAGCUGGCAAUCCUGUUUUCUACUACAUUGCUCGGCGAUUCAAGACUGGCCAGAUCAACGGGGACUUGCUGAUCUACCACGUCCUGCUCACCCUGAAGCCAUACUAUGCAAAGCCAUAUGAAAUUGUAGUGGACCUCACACACGCUGGCCCCAGUAAUCGCUUUAAAACAGACUUUCUUUCUAAAUGGUUUGUAGUUUUUCCAGGCUUUGCUUAUGAAAAUGUCUCAGCAGUUUUUAUUUAUAACUGUAACUCUUGGGUCAGAGAAUACACCAAAUACCAUGAAAGGCUCUUGACAGGUUUGAAAGGAAGCAAAAGGCUUAUUUUCAUAGACUCUCCAGGGAAGCUGGCAGAGCACAUCGAACACGACCAGCAGAAACUCCCGGCAGCUACCUUGGCUUUGGAGGAGGACUUGAAAGUAUUUCACAAUGCUCUCAAACUGGCUCAUAAGGACACCAAAGUUUCUAUCAAAGUUGGGUCGACAGCUGUGCAGGUGACGUCAGCAGAGCGAACACGAGUCCUGGGACAAACAGUGUUUUUAAACGAUAUAUACUACGCCUCGGAAAUUGAGGAAAUAUGUCUUGUGGAUGAGAACCAGUUUACCUUAACCAUUGCCAACCAAGGCACACCGCUCACCUUCAUGCAUCAGGAGUGCGAAGCCAUCGUCAGGUCCAUCAUUCACAUCCGGACACGGUGGGAGCUGUCACAGCCAGACUCCAUCCCCCAGCACACUAAAAUUCGCCCCAAGGAUGUCCCUGGGACGCUGCUGAACAUCGCGCUGCUCAACCUGGGGAGCUCAGACCCCAGUCUGCGGUCUGCUGCCUAUAACCUUCUAUGUGCCUUAACCUGUACCUUUAAUUUAAAGAUUGAGGGCCAGUUACUGGAAACUUCAGGUCUGUGUAUUCCUGCCAACAACACGCUAUUUAUUGUAUCUAUUAGUAAGACUCUUGCAGCUAACGAACCACACCUUACCUUAGAGUUCUUGGAAGAGUGUAUUUCUGGAUUUAGCAAAUCUAGUAUUGAACUGAAACAUCUCUGUCUGGAGUACAUGACUCCCUGGCUGUCCAACCUGGUCCGAUUCUGUAAACACAACGACGACGCGAAGCGCCAGCGAGUCACCGCCAUUCUUGAUAAGCUUAUCACAAUGACAAUAAAUGAAAAACAGAUGUAUCCUUCCAUCCAAGCUAAGAUAUGGGGAAGUCUUGGACAGAUAACAGAUCUCCUCGAUGUAGUGCUGGACAGUUUCAUCAAAACUAGUGCCACAGGGGGCUUGGGCUCCAUCAAAGCUGAGGUUAUGGCAGACACAGCUGUAGCACUUGCUUCUGGAAAUGUAAAAUUGGUUUCAAGCAAAGUGAUUGGAAGGAUGUGUAAAAUAAUCGACAAGACUUGCCUGUCUCCAACUCCUACGCUGGAACAGCACCUGAUGUGGGACGACAUCGCAAUUCUGGCGCGUUACAUGCUGAUGCUCUCCUUUAACAAUUCUCUGGAUGUGGCAGCACAUCUGCCCUACCUCUUCCACGUGGUCACUUUAUUGGUGGCCACUGGUCCCCUUUCUCUCAGAGCUUCCACUCAUGGUCUCGUCAUCAACAUCAUUCAUUCUCUUUGCACUUGUUCACAGCUUCACUUUAGUGAGGAGACCAAGCAAGUUUUAAGGCUGAGCUUGACUGAGUUCUCUCUGCCCAAGUUUUAUUUGCUGUUUGGGAUCAGCAAGGUGAAGUCAGCCGCGGUCAUAGCGUUCCGAUCCAGCUAUCGAGACAGGUCCUUUUCACCUGGCUCCUAUGAAAGGGAGACUUUUGCACUGACUUCCUUGGAAACUGUUACUGAAGCUUUGCUGGAGAUCAUGGAGGCUUGUAUGAGGGAUAUCCCAACGUGCAAGUGGCUGGACCAGUGGACUGAACUAGCUCAAAAGUUUGCAUUCCAGUAUAACCCCUCCCUGCAGCCGAGAGCACUUGUUGUCUUCGGCUGCAUAAGUAAACGCGUGUCUCAUGGACAAAUCAAACAAAUCAUCCGAAUUCUUAGCAAGGGACUUGAGAGCUGUUUAAAAGGCCCUGAUAAUUACAACAGCCAAGUUCUAAUAGAAGCUACAGUUAUAGCACUCACCAAGCUGCAGCCCCUCCUUAAUAAGGACUCCCCCAUGCACAAGGCUCUCUUCUGGGUAGCGAUGGCGGUCCUGCAGCUGGACGAAGUGAACUUGUACUCUGCAGGCACAGCACUGCUGGAGCAGAACCUGCACACCUUGGAUAGCCUCCGGGUGUUCAACGAUAAGAGCCCAGAAGAGGUGUUCAUGGAGAUCAGGAGACCACUCGAAUGGCACUGCAAGCAGAUGGAUCAUUUUGUGGGGCUCAAUUUCAACUCCAACUUCAACUUUGCACUAGUGGGACACCUCCUGAAAGGGUACAGGCAUCCUUCUCCUACCACUGUAGCCAGAACAGUGAGGAUUUUACAUACACUACUCGCUCUGGUUAACAAACACAGGAACUGUGACAAGUUCGAGGUGAACACCCAGAGUGUGGCUUACCUAGCAGCUUUGCUGACAGUAUCGGAGGAAGUUCGAAGUCGCUGCAGCCUAAAACAUAGGAAGUCUCUCUUGUUGACAGACGUUUCAAUGGAAAAUGUUCCUAUGGAUACAUAUCCCAUACACCACAGUGACACUAGCUAUAGGACACUAAAGGAAAAUCAACCCUGGUCGUCACCCAAGGGGUCAGACAGACACCUGGCUGCCAGUUACCCGACAGUGGGACAGAUAAGCCCUCGAACACGAAAGUCCAUGAGUCUGGAUAUGGGGCAGCCUUCACAAGCCAACACUAAAAAGCUUCUAGGUACAAGGAAAAGUUUUGACCAUUUGAUAUCGGACACAAAGGCUCCUAAAAGGCAAGACAUGGAAUCUGGAAUCACAACGCCUCCCAAAAUGAGGAGAGUAGCCGAAAAUGAUUAUGAAAUGGAAACCCAGAGAAUAUCACCACAGCAACACCCGCAUCUUCGAAAAGUUUCUGUUUCUGAGUCAAAUGUCCUCCUAGAUGAAGAAGUUCUGACUGACCCAAAAAUUCAAGCACUGCUGCUUACAGUUCUCGCAACGCUGGUGAAGUACACUACCGAUGAGUUCGACCAGCGGAUUCUCUACGAGUAUCUAGCAGAAGCCAGCGUUGUCUUCCCAAAGGUCUUUCCCGUUGUGCAUAAUUUAUUGGAUUCCAAGAUCAAUACGCUUUUAUCGCUGUGCCAGGAUCCAAAUUUGUUGAAUCCAAUUCACGGGAUUGUUCAAAGUGUUGUCUACCACGAAGAGUCUCCACCCCAAUACCAAACUUCCUAUCUACAGAGUUUUGGAUUUAAUGGGUUAUGGAGGUUUGCCGGCCCGUUUUCUAAGCAAACACAAAUCCCAGACUAUGCCGAGCUCAUAGUCAAGUUCCUCGAUGCCUUGAUUGACACGUAUUUGCCUGGAAUUGAUGAGGAAGCCAGUGAAGAGUCUCUGCUGACGCCCACGUCUCCGUACCCCCCCGCCGUGCAGAGCCAGCUGAGCAUUACUGCCAACCUCAACCUCUCCAAUUCCAUGACCUCGCUUGCCACGUCCCAGCACUCCCCAGCUUCUCUGCCUUGCUCUAAAUCUGCAGUUUUCAUGCAGCUUCCUCAUCCAGGUACACUCUACUUUCAUCAUAUUUGCACGCGAUGCUGCUUGGUCUGCUUUAGGGUUGGGCUUGUGGCAUGAGAAGUUGGUUACUGACCCUUCUGACACGGGAAUGGCUUCAGUGGAAGUGCUGAGCUGCUCUGUUCUUGUGUGACGCUAAUGACACCCGAUGGUACGAAUGAUAGCUGGUGAGAGAGCAGGCAAAGAACCUCACAGCCCCAAGAACAAGAUAAAUUUGGUAAUAGAGGAGUGGGCGCUCGGUAUGUGAAGGGACUCUGCUGCGGAGGAACCGUUUCAUGUGCGCUCACUGGAAGUUGCCUUUAACUUUGGUUACACACCACCGGCAGACAGAGACGAGUCUUUGGACUAAACUGCAGCAGAGAAGCUCGAUCAAACGGGUACUCGCCACCAUUUGAUUUCUGCUUCUAUGUGGCGAAGUAAGGAAAAGCUGCGGAGGAGGGUUUUCUGCUCACACCUCUGGGUUGCUUCCCUCUUCCCCUGGUAGUCUGUGGGUUUGGUAAGCUCAGACCCGCGCAGGGAGGGCGGGAGGAGGCAGCCUGCGGCCAGGCUCUGCGGGAGUUCUGAGAUUGCCCCUCUGCGUGUGUGAGGGGGGAGCGGCCUCUUGGGUCUUGCUGCUGCCAGUGAGAAGCAGUUUCUGAAGGGAAUGAGACGGGACUCUGGGAGAUGUCGCUUAUAGUAACGGGGUUCUGUUCUAACCUUUGCGCUCGCUGCCAGACAUCCUCAUUUUUGCUGCUGACUGUUCUUUUAGCCUCUUGCAUAAGAACACCCUUCCUGCUCUUCGUGUACCGUAAGUGUCGAGUGUUGCUGAACACCCAGCAGAGACUCGCUUUGUUGCAGAGCUACUGUGACAGCUACGCUGAGAUACUGCUACAGGAGGGAUUAACUCGUAGGAGCGCCGGCAGUAACUGAUGGGAACAGGUCUGCACUGAACAGGAAUCCCACCUCCUGUAUCUUCAGGUUGCUCUGUCCAAAGCUGUGCAGAGUAACGGCUCGUAACCCAGGGCUUUCAUGUCAGCAUGAAGCUGACACUAGACCAGUCCGUUUUUGAGGUUGGUUUGAGGUUACUCUUGUAGGGAACCGUAAGGGAGUUACCCAGUCCUGCAGAGAGCACCCGGAGCUGCUCCCUGGUGCAUGCACGGGGUACAGAGCCUGCUGGUUUCACCCCACCCCGUACUCCAGGGGCCUCCUCCGGCCUUCGGUGGGGCUGGACCUUGUAAGGGCCCCCCCUCGCCCCUGCUCUGUGUUUCCUGUGAUCCCCGGCUUAGGAAACUGUUUCUUUAGUUGUACUCAUUAAAAGUGAAUUGUUGAUUUUUCUUUUUUUUGCUCUCAGUUUACCAGGGUUUAAACCGUUCUAAUUGGUGUCUACACUUUGACACUCAACUCUUCCAGUGAAUUCCCACAUCAGUUCCGUUUCUGCUGAAUGCAGAAUGAGCCAGCGACGCCUUUCGUGCCUCCUGGCAGCGGGACCGAGUCCUCCAAACACCGAUCCGUACGUUAUGUCCUUUUCCUGAUCUUUAUUUGGGAGCCAAGAUUCAGUGCUGAGGGGAAUCGUAGGUACUUGAUUACACAUGGAUCUCCUCUGGUAGCAAGAAUCAGCCUCUGCUGUUGUGGCAGGACCCUGCGGGUUCAGGAACGAACCUUCCCCACGCCGCGGCUCCCCCGUUCAGUCGCAGCCCUUGAUUCCUGGCUGGAAGCAGCCGCCCGUCUGGCAGCCUGUCGGCUCUUCUCCUAGAGAUGCAAAAGCCAGAAGAGACUUGAGUCAGACUCUUUCCUUUGCUCAGUCUUCUCAGACCCAGAAGGGGCUUUGCGGCCCGGGAGAUGUUCGUGUUUUCAGCAGGUACAAACGCGGGUAUGAAAACUUUGUGGAUGGAGGGGAACCCUUCGUCUGCUCUUUCCUGUAUUAGAUAAAAUCCCUGCUUCUGUUGUAAGAGCCGACUACGUGAGCUCGGUGAAACUCGAGACCAGUUCAUCUCUGCUUUCAUGUUGUAGGAAAGCAGCGUAGAUCAAAGCCGAUCAGCCAGUGCUUACAGGCCAACGUAUUUUAUCUUUUAUUGUUGGAGACUGGUUAAACUACCAGCAGAUUCAAUCUGCAACUUUGAGGAGGGAAAAAUUAAAAGUAUUUGAAGGAGUCGCGUUGCAGUGUGAUAAGCCCUGUGCAGGGGAGCGUGUAGGUCUGUGAGCAGGCGUCGCGCUUUAGCACGUGGAGGUGUUUUAUCUGGUCAGAGUCCGGGCUCUCGCUGAGCACAGGGUCCUACAUCUGGCCCUGAAAAAAAUUAUAUUUCAUACUCCAGAGCUGCAGGGAAAUCGCCGUGUCAGACUUGUCAUUUGUGAGACAUCAGCGACAGUGAAACAGUGUCCCCCUGGCUCCAGCAGUGGCGCCUGCCUGGGGCACAGCCUCUUCCCUCCACUGCUGCUGCGCGGGGCGGGGGGUCUGGGACCAGCACGGUGCUGGGGGGGCUGCGCCUGCCCCGCUCCUCCAGGGGAGCCCCGGGGAGCCCCAGCUCAGAUGGGGCUGUGCCAGGAGAGGGAGGGAGCAGCGCUGGGGGCGUUCAACAUCUGGGGGCCGGGUCUGCCCGCGGGGCACGCUGAGCGAUUGCCUUUGCAUCACUUGUUUUCUUUUGCUUUCUUUCUCCUUCCACACCUCCCUCACCUAACCAGGCUUUUUAGUUUUGGUUUGAUCAGGACACCCAAGUUUUCUCGCUUUUACUCUUCUGUCCUCCCCCCCGGCCACGCUGGGGUGGAGGGGGGUGAGCGCGCGGCUGCGUGGUGCUUCCCUGCCUGCUGGGGCGAAGCUACCACAAAGAGUAUUUUAUUUUUUUUCGAAACCACCCCGUGACCAGGUUCCGCAGCGCUUUCCCAGGCAGGCGGCACUGCUGCUGGUGCGCGUUGCCAAACGCUGUUUGACCGAACCCCGCGUGUCAGCAUGGCGGAGUUGGGCCGUGUGUGGGCCGCGCCGUCCCCUCCUUGUCCAGGCCCGUGACCCCAGCGCGGG